CCAACAAUGAAGAUCUCCUUACUUCUCAGCAUUGCCUCGAUUGGCAGCUUCAAUGCCAAAUUCAUGGGAAACGAUGCCCUCGCCGCAGAAGGCAUGCUGAAGCUCGGCAUCCACCUCACUAAAAACGGUCUUCCAAGCCCAGAAACUUGCACGUUGGAUACAGCGGCAGUGCGCCGGGAAUGGGCAACACUAACCCCCAAGGAGAGAAUCGCCUUCACAGAUGCGGUAAACUGUCUGCAUAAGCUCCCCGCAAAGACACCCGCUUCGGUUGCACCGGGCGCAAGAAGCCGUUACGACGAUCUCGUCGUCACGCAUAUCCAGCAAUCGCUCACCAUCCACGGCACAGGCAACUUCCUCACAUGGCACCGCUACUUCACAUGGGUUUUUGAGCAGACGCUGCGAGACGGGUGUAGCUACAAAGGCACGUUUCCAUACUACAACUGGGCGCACUACGCCAACGACCCCAAAAACGGUCCUUUUUCGACGGGAGCGCCUCCAGCAUGUUUGGCGAUGGUGAGAUGCGUGACAUCUGGUCCGUUCAAAGACUUCAAAACCAACAUGGGACCCCUCCAAACAAUGCUCCAGCUGCCGGGCAGUGGGCUCCCGAAAAACCCCCAGGCAGACGGUCUAGGCUACAACCCGCGCUGUCUCCGUCGCGACAUCUCCCUGCAAGCCGCCAACGCGACGUCCGAUGCCGAAGUAGUAAACCUGAUCAAAAACUACUGGGAUAUUGCGUCCUUCCAGGCCGAGUACCAGGGCGCCUUUGCCGAGGGCCGCAUGGGCGUGCAUACAGGCGGCCAUUACACAAUUGGCGGGGACGCAGGCUCGGAUUUCUACAACAGCCCUGCGGACCCGGCGUUCUACCCACACCACGCCAUGAUUGAUCGCGUAUGGUGGAUCUGGCAGAACCUCGACCUGGAGAAGCGGGAGACAGCGCUCGCGGGGUCGGUUGGGCCCAUUGGUGAUCCGAAUGCGAAGAAUACGACGUUGAGUGAUAAGCUGGUCACGGGGCCGUAUGUGGGGUAUCCGGACGUGAGCAUUGGAGAUGCGAUGAGUACGCUCGCUGGGCCUUUCUGUUACAUCUAUGCGUAA